AUGAAACCCGAUUUUCUAAGGAGGAAUGGGUCUGCGUUUUUAUCACACUAUUCUCGGUCUGAGCAGAAUCAAAUGGGUGGAUCACAUUUGAAAGUUGAUGAUGACGAAAGAAAUGUUAAUGAUAUCAUUCAAAAUCUUGCCAAAAAACUCGAGGAACACGAACAGAGAAUUCGAUUCCUAGAGACCAACGAUAAAAUCCAGCAACAGGAAAUAAUUGAACUCAAAUCUGCGAUUCAUAGAAAAGAUUCGUAUAUGCUUGGCGCUGUUGCAUUCUAUGCCUACAUGAGCCACAACGAGAUAACAAGCAGUCCUCAUCACAUUCUCGUCUUUGAUCACGUGGUAACAAACUCUGGAGGGUCAUAUAAUCCUCAUCUUGGAGCCUUCACAGCACCAGAACACGGUGUCUAUGUCUUCAGCUGGACAGUGGUGUGCGAUCAUGGAAGUUAUGCAAAUACAGAAAUUCUAAGAAAUUCCGAUAGCAUUGGCCAAAUUCUUACCAAUAGCGUAAAUAACAUAGAUUACCAGAUUGCCACUGGACUGAUUGCAACAGAACUGAAUGCUAAUGAUGUUGUGCACAUACAGACACACGUGACAGAAGGAGCUAAAGGGACAAUUCUUAGUGCAGAUUAUAUGCGAACUUCCUUCACCGGGUGGAAAUUAUAA